UCAAGUCUGGAAGCAAGGGCUCAAUUUUAACAGAAUCCACCUUAAAAUCUCUCCCUUAACUUAUGCCUACCUUCCGCUACUUUGAGUGAGAAUAUCACAGGACAAGGGGGGGAAAUAAAGACGCGUCUGGAAAAUCCCGGUGUUAAUAGGACAAUAUCUGUUCGCGGUGGAGAGGGGAGAGAGACAACAGCACAGCGCGAGAGAGAAAACCGAUUUGGUCUUGAGAGAGAGGGGGGUGAGUGCUCUCAAGGCAGAAAAUUCGAUGAUGACCAUGACUACGAUGGCUGACGGUCUGGAGGCUCAGGACUCGUCCAAGUCUGCUUUCAUGGAGUUUGGACAGCAGUCGCACUCACAGCAGAGCUCCCCAUCGAUGGCCAGCGGCCACUACCCGCUGCACUGUCUCCACUCCGGCUCACACGCUCACCACCAGCACGACAACACCCCUUACCCCGGGACCAACACCUACAACAGGUCGUUACCUUACCCCUACGUGAGCCAUCCGCACCACAGCCCGUACCUGCCAUCGUAUCACAACAACACGGGAGGACAGACAAGGUUAGACGGCGCAGAGCAGCAGAAAACGACAGUGAUCGAAAAUGGGGAGAUUCGAUUUAACGGGAAAGGGAAGAAGAUCCGCAAGCCCCGGACAAUUUAUUCCAGUUUGCAGCUUCAAGCACUGAACCACCGUUUCCAGCAAACACAGUACCUCGCUUUACCGGAGCGCGCGGAGCUGGCUGCGUCUCUAGGACUGACGCAAACACAGGUAAAGAUCUGGUUUCAAAAUAAGAGGUCAAAGUUCAAGAAGCUGCUGAAGCAAGGCGGCAACCCUCACGAGAGCGACCCCAUGCCGGGCUCCAUGUCCCUGUCCCCGCGCUCCCCGACCAUCCCUCCCAUCUGGGACGUCUCGGCCUCUUCUAAAGGAGUAAACAUGCCGGCCAACAGCUACAUGCCCGGCUACUCUCACUGGUACUCGUCCCCACACCAGGACUCCAUGCAGAGAUAGACUGACCGAGGCCUCCGGAUCUCCCGCCACGCGGUUUCCACGGUAGCCUGCAGUUUUGUGUCAGCAGCGCAGAGACGGACUGGGAUGCUGGAGAGGAGGACUGAGCUGAAGCCUCCUCUGCUGCUCCUCUGCUGGAGGAUCAAACAGCCAAGCCUCGGUGUGAUCACACAAACAAGG